CUCUCCUCCCAUCCCUUGUAGCCUGUACAGCUGGCAAUUUGCAGACAAAAGGCGUGAAAGUCAUAAUUGCCCAAAUUAGCCGGUUCUAUCCUCUCCCUCCGUAAAUCGAGCUCUCCAAAGGGACUCACAUUUGGACUAAUUACGUCGCUCCUUCAUUUGGAUUAAUUGUCGACCACUGAAAACACUUGAGGAAAUAUAAUUGCUCAAGGCAGAAAAAACUACUGAAACCGUUAUAUUUCCGUUGUCCCGACACUGGAACAGAUCCAGGACCGGUCCCUGCCCCUGCCCCUAGAGCUCUAAGAGAGGAUGAACUCAAGAUGUUGGAAGAGAUGUUUCAUCAUCAGCUUCCUAUUAGGGGUGUGGUUUCCUGCCUGCAUCCUCGUCCAGACCACGCCUCGUCCCACCAGUACCCCAAAACCCCAGAGCGACCGUCUCCAGUUUCGCCUAGUGGGGUACCCCCGGAAACACAAUGAGGGGCGCAUCGAGAUCUUCUAUAAGGGAGAGUGGGGGACCAUCUGUGACGAUGACUUCUCUCUGUCCAACGCCCACGUCCUCUGUCGCCAGCUGGGCUUCGUCGCUGCUACAGGGUGGACCCACAGCGCCAAGUAUGGAAAGGGACUGGGAAAGAUCUGGCUGGAUAAUGUCCAGUGUAAUGGAGGUGAGAAGAGCAUAGAGCUGUGUAAGUCUCGAGGCUGGGGCAACAGUGACUGCACGCAUGAUGAGGACGCUGGGGUGAUCUGCAAAGACGAGAGGAUCCCUGGCUUUGUGGACUCCAAUGUCAUCCAUGUGCAGGUGGAUGAGAACAAGGUGGAGGAGGUGCGUCUGCGCCCGGUUGUGACCACUAAGAAGAGGCCAAUCACGGAGGGGGUAGUGGAGGUGAAGUACAAGGACGGCUGGACCCAGAUCUGUGAUGUCGGGUGGACCCCUAAAAACACUCGGGUCAUCUGUGGCAUGCUGGGCUUCCCACACGAGAGGAAGGUCAACAAGAACUUCUAUAAGCUGAGUGCUGAACGUCAGAAACACCAGUACCGUCUCCACUCUGUGGCGUGUGUCGGCACCGAGGUUCACCUGGCGGCCUGCCCCCUGGAGUUCAACAAGGGUAACGCCACCGAGACCUGUGAGGGCGGCAUGCCAGCUGUGGUGAGCUGCGUUCCCGGACCCCAGUACGUACAGAACAACGGACAGAAGAAGAAGAAACCCCAAACUACGACCACGGUGAGGCUGAAGGGAGGAGCCAAGCUGGGUGAAGGCAGAGUGGAGGUGCUGAAGAACAACGAGUGGGGCACGGUAUGUGAUGACCGGUGGACCCUGCUGUCAGCUAGUGUGGUGUGCAGGGAGCUAGGAUUCGGAUCCGCCAAGGAUGCCUUCACUGGGGCUCGAAUGGGACAAGGAAUAGGUCCCAUCCACAUGAAUGAGGUCCAGUGUCUAGGGACCGAGAAGUCAAUCUGGAACUGUGGCUUUAAGAACAUCACCUCAGAAGACUGUCAGCACAUAGAGGACGCUGCCGUGAGGUGCAACACACCCUACAUGGCCUUCGAGAACUCGCUCCGCCUCACGGGGGGCCGUACGCCCUACGAGGGGCGAGUGGAGGUGCUCAGCGUGGACGCCAACGGGACUCAGAGUUGGGGGCUGGUCUGUGGAGGGGCCUGGGGCACCAAGGAGGCCAUGGUGGUCUGCAGACAGCUGGGGCUGGGCUAUGCUAAUCAUGGCCUGCAAGUGCGUAUUGUAGGAGGCAGGACCCACUAUGAGGGCCGGGUGGAGGUCCAGAUGGGGGGCAGAUGGGGUACAGUGUGCUCCACAGCCUGGACCACUAAAGAGGCCAUGGUGGUGUGCAGACAACUGGGCCUGGGAUACUCCAUGCAUGCCAUCACUGAAACGUGGUACUGGGAUGGAAGCAAUGUGACGGAGAUGGUGAUGAGUGGGGUGAAAUGUACAGGAAACGAGAUGGCUCUGAGCCAAUGCCAACACCACAAAACCAUCAGCUGCCAGAAGACCUCUGCCAAGUUCUCAGCCGGGGUCAUCUGCUCUGAGACGGCAUCCGACCUGGUCCUGAACGCACCGCUGGUCCAGCAGACGGUGUACAUCGAGGACCGCCCCCUCCACAUGCUGUACUGCGCCGCGGAGGAAGACUGCCUCUCCAAGUCGGCCGCCAAGGCCAACUGGCCGUACGGACACCGGCGCCUGCUGCGGUUCUCCUCUCAGAUCCACAACAUCGGACGGGCCGACUUCAGGCCCAAAGCUGGACGCCACUCGUGGAUCUGGCACGCGUGCCACGGUCAUUACCACAGCAUGGACAUCUUCACCCACUACGACCUGCUGUCAUCCAAUGGGACCAAGGUGGCAGAGGGACACAAGGCCUCCUUCUGUCUGGAGGACACGGAAUGUCAUGAAGGUAUCUCUAAGAGGUAUGAGUGUGCUAACUUCGGGGAACAGGGUAUCACAGUGGGAUGCUGGGAUCUGUAUCGCCAUGACAUCGACUGCCAGUGGAUCGACAUCACCGACGUCAAACCAGGAAACUACGUGCUUCAGAUUGUGAUCAAUCCAAACUUUGAAGUAGCAGAGAGCGACUUCACCAAUAAUGCCAUGAAAUGCAACUGCAAGUACGACGGCCACCGUAUCUGGCUUCACAACUGCCACAUGGGUGAUGCCUUCAGUGACGAGGCAGAGAGGAGGUUUGAGAAGUAUCCAGGACAGCUCAACAACCAGAUCUCAUAAACCGCCCAGCAACACACCGGCCAGCUCCAGACCCUUUACUAACCAGAGGGGGCUGCUGUGUCCCACUACGUUCGGUAACGGGACAGCCCAGCCCUUCAUCCCCUAGCCACCCCUGUCCACUAUCACAUCGUGCAAACAACCGAUCGCCACCGUAAUCAUUACGUCCAACCUUUCACAACACAGAAAACAGCAGUGAGCUUAGACCAAGAUUCAGUAAGAUGCUGUUUUGUCAGCGUAUCACUUUUUGAAGGCAAUCUUUAAAUGUAUAAUGCAUAUCUUUGACGCUUCAGUGAUAAAGAUUUAAUCCAGAUUCCAAUUCUUAUUAGAUGGAACCCAGGCCCCUAGUUCUGAUUUGAUUAAACCCAGGCCCCGAUUUCUCAUUAGAUUGAAUCCAGGCAUUAGUUCGGAUUAGACUGAGAGACAUGUUGAGUCUCACAUCAGUCAUGUUGGUGUAUAUCAGUUUGUGUUUGUGUAUCAUACUUGAAUACUCACUGCAAAUUUAUCUUUUUUUAAAUAAACAUAUUUUAGAUUUAUUUUCAAAUGUAAGUAUAUUACGCUAUAUUGUGCGACAGGAACAUGUAAUAGGAUUUCUUUCUAGCCUUAAUGUAUGAUUGACUGAUUUCUGAUGUGCAACUAUUUCAUGAAUGUUUUGUUAAAGAUAUUAGUAAUGUUUUAUUUUUCUAUCCAGUGAGUUAUUUUUAAACAGGAUCCAAAAGAAUUCCCGGUCCAUGCGUGCCUAAUGACACUGAUGUUUUGUGCACCACUCCUAUAGGAUUCUGGUCAGGAGUAGUGCAUUGGACAGGGAAUAGAAAGCUAUUGGGGAUAAAUCCCUUUGUCUGCUAUCAGCCAUGUCCAGAAUUACCUGAGGCAUCAAGGAACCAUCCAUUGUUGACAUUUAGUUCUCAGAAAUUACCCCCGGAGAUACAGUACUGUGCAAAUGUCUUAGGCACCUGAAAGUCAAACUAAGGCCAUUUAUUUGGGUAUGUAAGUGUUUUAAUUAAAUAUAUAUAAUUUAUAUAUUUUAUGAAUUAACACCUACUAUCCAAAUAAAUGACUGGUUUGACCUAAGACCAGCAUAAUACUGUAUGAGCAAAUAGAACUCCAAGAAUAUUGACUGUUUAGCCUUCAGUUUUAGAUCAUCCUUACUCUACUCAGAUGUCAAAUUGCAUGACUUUCCCAUCAGGUGUUUUUAAUACAGUGCUCAUCUUUCGGUGUUGAUCACUUCUGAUUUAAGCUUGUUUGGAUUAUGUAUUUGCUUUUGAAGUAGUUGAUAGAACGUGAAAAAUCUUAGUGAAUGUAUUUAUUACCCAGUGUUUCACGGUACUAAGGGGUUGCUAUGCCAGUCAGAUAUAAGGAAUACAUUUAUCAGGUAACCCUUUAAACAUGUGCUGGCCAUUUUGUGUGCCAGUAUACUGUGGGGACAAUGCAGUAUUACAACCCAAAAAAUAGAUUUGUCCCCCUACUACAGAAUCUGCUUCAUCAAAUAAACAAACCAGUCCAGAACAGUAAACUGCGUUGAACAGUAAUGUCCGGAGUGGUUUAAGUUUAAUAUAUACGGUUAAUAAUGAUGUGGACUAGCUUUAAUAUGAGCUGUUAUAUCUACUGUGAUUUCCCACUCUGGGAUGCCUCAGACUUUGGAAACAUUAACAGAUUUCAUUUAUUCCCAGAUCUCCUUUCAAUAAAAGUCUUCA